CGCCCUCCGGUUGUGAACGGCCCCAUGCCGGCUCGCCCGCUGGUUGCACUCUUGGACGGAAGGGACUGCACUGUGGAGAUGCCCAUCUUGAAGGAUGUUGCUACGGUGGCGUUUUGUGAUGCUCAGUCAACUCAGGAAAUUCACGAAAAGGUGCUGAACGAGGCAGUAGGCGCUCUGAUGUAUCACACCAUUACCCUCUCUCGUCAGGAUCUAGAAAAGUUCAAAGCCCUCAGGGUCAUCGUGCGCAUUGGCAGUGGCUACGAUAAUGUGGACAUUAAAUCGGCUGCAGAGUUAGGCAUUGCAGUUUGCAACAUCCCUUCCUCCUCAGUAGAGGAAACUGCUGACUCCACUCUCUGUCACAUCUUGAACCUCUAUCGCCGUGUUACGUGGCUACAUCAGGCUAUGCGGGAAGGGAAUCGAGCCUCGAGUGUAGAACAGAUUCGAGAAGUGGCUGGAGGUGCUGUGCGUAUCCGUGGGGAGACUUUGGGCAUCAUUGGACUUGGCCGAGUUGGACAGGCAGUGGCUCUGCGAGCCAAGUCCUUUGGCUUCAACGUGAUUUUCUAUGAUCCAUAUCUGCCGGAUGGAGUGGAGCGAUCCUUGGGUUUACAGCGAGUAGGAACCCUGCAGGAUCUACUAAUGCACAGCGAUUGCAUCACAUUGCACUGCAGCCUGAAUGAACAUAACCAUCACCUCAUCAAUGACUUCACUAUUAAACAGAUGCGCCAGGGCUGUUUUUUGGUGAACACAGCCCGAGGAGGGCUGGUAGACGAGAAAGCCUUAGCACAAGCCUUGAAGGAGGGAAGAAUCAGAGGAACAGCGUUGGACGUGCAUGAGUCUGAGCCUUUCAGCUUUGCUCAGGGGCCCUUAAAAGAUGCACCCAAUGUGAUCUGCACCCCUCACACAGCCUGGUACAGUGAACAGGCUUCCAUUGAAUCCAGAGAAGAUGCAGCUAAAGAGAUCCGCAGAGCUAUUACAGGUCACAUACCUGAUGCUUUGAGGAACUGUGUUAAUAAAGAGUAUUUGCUGUUAGCAGCUCAGUGGUCUGGUAUUGAUCCUGCAACUGUCCACCCUGAACUCAAUGGAGCUGCAGCUUACAGGUUUCCUCCAGGAGUAGUGGGGGUAGCAACCCCUGGGCUUCCGGAACCACCAGUAGUGGAGGGGAUUGUAGCUCAUGGGAUCCCUUCUGUUUCUCACUCUGCUCCACGUACCCCUUCCCCAGGAGAGAGCAGCAAACCUGAACAGCUGGGAACAGAGUGGGAAUACAACUUAAAGGAUGAACAGUUCUGGUAUUGGAAGCAUCUUUUGAUAGAACUGCAUAAGAUUCAGUGA